AUGUCCUGCUCCAGCCUGUGCAUCCCCAGCUGCGGCGUGGCCACCCCGGCCCCUCUGGCUGACACCUGCAAUGAGCCCUGCGUGCGUCAGUGCCCCGACUCCACGGUGGUCAUCCAGCCCCCAGCCUCAGUGAUCACCUUCCCCGGGCCCAUCCUCAGCUCCUUCCCGCAGCAGAGCGCCGUGGGCUCGGCCGGAGCUCCCUACGUGGGAGCCGGCUCCGGGGGUGCCUUUGGGAGCCGUGGGGGCUACGGGGGCUAUGGGGGCUACGGGGCCCUUGGGGGCUAUGGAGGUUUUGGAGGCUGGGGCUAUGGAAGCCGUGGUCUCUAUGGGGGUUGGGGCUAUGGAGGCCGUGGAGGCUACGGAGGCUGGGGCUAUGGAGGCCUUGGCAACUGCGGCUACGGCGGCUGGAGCAGCGGCCACCGCUACCUCAAUGGCAACUGCGGGCCCUGCUAAGCCCCAGCCCCAGCCCCGCCUCAGACCAAGAAGAGCUCCAGGAGAAACCCCGGCACAUCCCGACCCGAUGCUCUGUGGACUCAAACCUCUUGGGCAUGGCUGGGCUCUGCAGCUCGGGAGCCUGGUGCCAGCUUGGGAAGCACCUCUGCCUUGUCCCUGUCCUGCCUGAGAAUCUCCGAGGGGCUCCUGGUGCCCUGGUGGUGCCAGAGCCUCUCCUGGGGCUGCUGCUGCUGACCAGGCUGUGCCCAGGGCCAGGCCAUGGGAAGCCCUUGGGCAUGACCCUGCUCUGCUGCCCAGCCCCUCCUACCCUCCCCCUGCAAUAAAAGCUGUCUUGCAUUGAAA